CCGACGAUGUACAAGAAGCUAUUCCUCACUCUCACCCAUCUAUUUGCAGUAUUCGAAGGAGCCAUAGUCCAAAUCAUCACGCCUGCAGCGGUGUAUUGGUUAAGAAUAUGGCUGGAGAAUACCACAUCUUGACAUCUUACAUGUGUAUUUGGUACAGUACAUAUUACAAUAUUCAACGUUACGAAGCUUACUGUGGUGUCCACAAGAUAACUAACCUCGGGGAACCCCAACGUGUGAGAGUUACCUUCAGAGAGUUUAGCCUUUACAACUAUGAGAACGACAUUGCAAUUAUCAAACUUUCCACUGUACUGCCAACUAACAGCUACAUUACAGCCGCCUGCAUUCCAAACGAGGAUUGGCUUGAGGGCGAAAUUGGCAUUUUUGCUGGCUGGUUUAAUGGGACUUAUGAAAGUGCAACCCUUGACCAACUUCACCAAUUCCAAACGCAAAUAAGGUCUAAGGCCACAUGUGAAGAAAAAUACGUCUAUCAAUUCCGCUCUAAAAUGCUGUGUACAAGUUUACCUGAAAGUGGAUUCAAUCCAUGUGGUUAUGAGUUGGGUGCCCCUCUCUACACAUAUAAAGAAAACACAUGGAUUUUAAGAGGUAUUGCCACAUGGAUUCCCGACUGCCUUUCGGCUGACAGACUAGGUAUGUUCACUGAUGUCUUCCAAUUUAGGAACUGGAUCAACAGAAUCAUCAACGGACGCUAAAAAAAAACUCAUUGUAAACUAUUGACUAGUAAAAGACUUCCUUGACA